AUGAUGCAGCUCCCGAACCCGAUAGCGGGCGGAGUGCUCGGCGCGAAGAAGAACCUCUACACGAACCUCUUCCACGUGGAGAUGGCGCCAGAAGGACGGACGCUAUACAAGUACAACGUCGAGGUGUACGUCAGCUUCCGGGUCGACCUCGAAGAUCCGGCUGGCACGCGCAUCAACCUAACACGCUCGACUUCAGGCCCGCUGGCGACGCUGAACAAGCAAUACUGUGGCCGCAUCCUUCGCCACGUCUUCACGAAAACGAACAUGAUCGGAUGCCGCAGUCUCUUCUACGAUCAUCACCAGACCCUCUACGUGCCCGUCGACCUGGAACAGACACUCGGCUGCCUUUAUGGCAUUUUUCAACUGGAAGACGAUGCUAACAUGCCACCUCAGAAAAAUACGAUGGUCCGCUUUACUCUGAUGGACAAAUUCGAGUUUUCCGAAGAGGGCCUUGUUGGCCUCGAUGGAACAACCGAAGAACGGCGGCGGGCGGAGGAAUCGUUCCGCGACUACAUCGAGGUGGCUGUGAUGCGCGUCUGCCUGGAGGACUCGCUGGAAGAGGAGAGCGAAUUUCUAUGUUUUAAAGGCCGUAAAGUGUACCUUCGGCAGCCACUACACAGGAACGACGUUAUCGCCUCAAACUCGCAACAACUUCUGACGGGCGCAAAGAAGGCCGUCGAGUUCUAUCGGGGCGCGGAACGCCAGAUGCGCAUCGGAAUGACGAUAGAUGUCGAGAAGCAAUGUUUCCUCAUCCCGCAGCCCGUAAUCCAAUCGGCCAUGGCGCUUUGUCAACGGAUAAAAUCUUCAACUUGGAGCCACGAAGAUGUGCCACGGCUGAAUCGGAUCUUCAAAGGUGCUCAUGCCUAUGCCUCAUAUGGAACGUCGCACCGCAGAGUCACGAUCGGAGAAAUUAUCUUCGGCACUGCACAGUCUGUGAAGUUCACGCCAAAGGAGGGAGGAGAAACAAUGACGAUCGAAAAGUACUUUUACGAGAAGUAUAACAUCACCCUCCAAUAUCCGAUGGCGCCCCUUGCCGAAUGCAAGAGAAAGGAUGUGGUGCUUCAUUUUCCGCUCGAGUGCCUAAUUAUUACCGCGGGCAAUUCUGUGCAUCUUGGCGACCAGCCACAAGAAAUUUCUUCGAUAAUUGUUAAGGGCUCAGCGCUUCUGCCCAUGGAUCGACAGCGCACGAUUAUGGAGAUGAUUCGCCGGGAGAAGAUCGGAAUUGACCUUCUGGACGAUGCCGGCUUUCGUAUUGCAACAGCAGAACCAUUGAAGACAAUCGCCCGACAACUUCCCGCGCCCGCAUUUGGAUAUCGAAAUUUGGCGAAUCCGGUGCGCGGCAUCACCAACCGGGGCAGUUGGCGUCGACCGAACGGCUUCGAAUUCGCCAAAUCUGCACAAGUCCCGAUGCCCAUCUACAUCCAGCUUGCCACCGAUCAGAACUCAAGACUCGACCUUGCGCGACUGGCCUCGAUCCUGCAACAAGCCGCCGAAAAAACUGGCCUGCAGAUCGCCCCAAAUGGCCGUGUCGAGCGCACUACUCCUGAUCAACUCGAACAAGCCUUCCGCACGAUGCAACAAUACGGCUACAAAUUCGCGGUAUUCAUCAGCGACGACUCCUUGAAGUACCAAGAUGAGAUCAAGUACUUCGAGCGCAAGUAUCAAGUACUGACGCAAAAUAUCCGCCUGAAGACCGCCCGUCAAAUACUCGACGCCGGAAAGGCCGCCACUGUCGAGAAUAUCCUUCAAAAGAUGAACACAAAGCUGGGCGGCACCUGCGUUGAACUAUCGAGGGCACCGUCGCAAUCGCCAUUCCUCAGCGAAUUCGAGAGGGGCGCCAUUUUUGUACUGGGUGUUGGCGCGCCCACAUAUCUCACGAAGGAAGAGUCUAUGUCAAUCGGCGGUAGCAAGGAAAAGUCUGUGCUCACUGUUCUGCCCUAUGCUGCAAACUUUGGCUACGACGUUACGGGCUUCGUGGGCGACUUCGCAUUGGACUUCUGCCCUCCGAAACAGGCGGUGCUCCGCGGCGCCGAAUUGCUUGGCUACAGUCUGGACUCGCUGGUCCGCACCACCAGGCGCCCGCCACCGCAUAUCGUCAUUUACCGGACAGGCCUCGUCGACUCGUGCAUUCAGAAGCUGAUGGCCCAGGAGAUCACCGACAUCCGGGCGUUGUUGAAGGAGCGUGUCGGCCAAUACCGCCUUACCUAUUUGCUAAUGCACAAGGAGCAUUCUACACGGUUCUUCAAGUCCCAGACCAAUCCAAACGACAAUGCGACGGGCCAGAACGUCGAGCCCGGCACGGUCAUCGACGGGGACCUGAUGCACCCGCACCGACGCCAGUUCUUCCUCAAUUCGCACGUCGCACUGCAAGGAACCGCGAAGACUCCACGCUACACGGUUGUCGCCGACGACGCCAGUUUGACGAUGGAUGACCUCGAGAUGAUGACUUAUGAUCUGUGCUAUCUCCAUCAAAUUGUCAACUUGCCCGUGCAUACACCAGUCCCGCUCUACGUCGCCAAGGAGUAUGGCCAACGCGGCAAGCGCAUCCUUCUGCAGUAUCUGAAAGAUUUGGAGAACGACGCGCACAACUUCUCGCUGACCGACGCCAAGCACGCGCUCGAGUACCGAUUCGCCGACCAGCUGCGAAACUACCGCGCAAAUGCC